CGUUUUCACGCGACUCCGUUGAACGCAGUACUGAUGUGGACAUCGGAACGAACUCGGGACGCAUCUGGAGCCUCAUCGCUCGCACACUAUCGUUGUUCAAGGGCUUUACGCAGCGGCAACACAGAGAUACGAUAGUGGGAAAAGUGCCACCACCGUCACUGCCGCGUGGUAUUACCAUCACGAGUACCUGAGCCGCCAACGACGACUGGUAGAUGGCACCGCAAUCGCCAGUGCGCGAGCCCCUACCAGAACUCAUCUCUUGAGUGCAUUGAACAGAGAUGAAUUGAAUCCUCCAUCUUGCUGGUGUUAUCGGACCACGUGACAUGAGAGCGCGAUAUAAGUAUUUACCUUAUGAUAAAUAAACCGCAAACAUAAAAAAGAAACGCAUGACAUUCCUGAUAUCACUCUUCAAGUUCCGCAGAAAAGGAAAUAAAACAAGAUGAGUUUGAAAUUUGCAUGUAAUCUAUCAUUUAUGUUCACGGAAAGUCCAUCUCUGACCGGAAGGUACCAAUUGGCUCAACAAGCAGGAUUUAAAACAGUGGAAAGUGGAUUUCCAUUUGGUUUCACGCUUCAGCAAGUCGUCGAAGCAAAGCAGAAUGCUGGCGUCGAUCAAGUUCUUAUUAAUGUGUAUACUGGUGAUGUCACGAAAGGUGAACUAGGUUUUGCAGCAAUUCCAGGAAAGGAAGAGGAGUUCCGAAAGAGUAUUGAAGUGACAAUUGAGUAUGCAAAAGCAUUGAAUUGUAAAAAAAUUCAUGUGAUGUCAGGGAAAGUGGAAGUAUCAAAUACUGUAAAUGAUACAACUUAUGAAAAUAAUCUAAAAUAUGCUGCUGAAAGAUUUAAGACUGAGAACAUUGUUGGUCUCAUUGAACCAAUCAAUAGUAUAACUGUCCCAAACUAUUACUUACACAAUUUUGAAAAAGGUCUGGAAAUUGUUAGAAAGAUAAAUAGUACACAUUUAAAGCUGAUGCUUGACGUAUUUCAUUUGCAACAUUCUUGUGGAAAUAUUACUCAUUCGAUCAAAAAAUGCUUACCAUAUGUUGGUCAUGUGCAGGUCGCACAGGUACCGGAAAGAAAUGAACCAGACACCUUAGGAGAGAUAGAUUACAGAUACGUAUUUGGAUUAUUGGAGAAAGAAGGAUAUACCGAUUACAUUGGCCUAGAGUACAAACCAAAGACUAGUACCAUGAAGGGACUGAAGUGGGUUAAAAAUUUUGGUUAUUCUCUGUAACAAAUACAUGCAUUUUAGUGUAUAAAGAGUAUAGUAUGUAUAUUUUAUAGCAAUAUACUUGUUUCUCCGGUGGA